AUGCCCCAGAACGAAUAUAUUGAAAGGCACCGCAAGCUCCACGGCCGGCGCCUGGACGCCGAGGAGCGGGCGCGCAAAAAAGCAGCUCGUGAGGGUCACAAGAACAGCGAAAAUGCGCAGAAUCUGCGUGGCCUGAGGGCGAAGCUGUACGCGAAACAGCGUCAUGCCCAAAAGAUUCAGAUGCGCAAGGCUAUCAAGCAACACGAGGAACGUAAUGUCAAGGGUCGCCCGGCCGAAAAGGAGCCCUCCGACCCCAUCCCUUCCUACCUGCUCGAUCGUGCCAACCCAACCACUGCCAAAGCACUCAGCUCUCAGAUCAAGAACAAGAGGGCCGAGAAGGCCGCGCGGUUCUCUGUACCCAUCCCCAAGGUCAGGGGCAUCAGCGAAGAAGAGAUGUUCAAGGUUGUCAAGACGGGCAAGAAGACACACAAGAAGGGUUGGAAGCGCAUCGUUACAAAGCCGACGUUUGUUGGUCCCGAUUUCACCAGACGGCCAGUCAAAUACGAACGCUUCAUCCGGCCGAUGGGUCUUCGCUACAAGAAGGCCAACGUCACCCACCCGACGCUCAAUGUUACUGUCCAGCUUCCUAUCCUCAGCGUCAAGAAGAACCCCAGCAAUCCGCUGUAUACACAGCUCGGUGUCCUCACAAAAGGCACAAUCAUCGAAGUCAAUGUCUCCGAUCUUGGUAUUGUCACCGCAUCUGGCAAGAUCGCAUGGGGUCGUUAUGCUCAGAUUACGAACAAUCCAGAGAACGAUGGAUGCGUCAAUGCUGUCCUCCUUGUUUGA